CUGACGCACAAGCCUGGGGGUUCCAGCCCUGACGACGUCGACGCAAGGGUAGUCUUUCACGAAGCUUCCUAUCGCACCUUUAAACAGGCCGUGAUCCUGCGAGACCACAGCGAGGUGCGCUCGAAGCUUCCGAGAGACGACCCGCGACAAGCAUCCGGCACAUGACGCAUUUGCUGUGGAAAUACUACUGGGAAGACGAUGUCGACAAAUUUCGACGCCUUCUCGCGCCCGCCGCCCACGGCGCCCACGGCGCCCAGAGCGGCCCUCGGGGCUCAAACUUGACUGCGGGGCCGCCUGGGAGCCCGGGCUAUGGCACCUCGCCGCGCGCCGCCACCAAGUCGCGCAAGCCUGGGCCAGGCUCUGGAAUAGGUUCUGGAAGCGCGCGCCAUGGGCACGCUGGCCUCGGACGAAGCGAAGUCAACAGCCGCGACCACGCCGGUCUCACAGUUCUGCUGCGCGCAGCAUCGUCGACCGCCGAGAAUGCCCUCCUGUUUGUGGAGGCUCUUCUCGAACAUCCCGCAAUUGACAUCUAUGUGCAAGACCCCGAGAGCGGCUGGAAUGCGCUCCACCGGGCACUAUACGCAGGCAACAUAUCCAUUGCAAGACUGCUGCUAGAGAAGGAGCGCAAGGACUUGACAGGGCACACGGCGUCGCUGCAUCGCGUUGGGCAGCUCAUCAAGACGAAGGACCACGAGGGCAACAGCCCCUUCGAUCUGUAUCACACAACCAUUGGCGAGCGCAGCCUGAAGCGGUUGGUCGAGCAGGAGAAGCCCGGCGAUGGCUCCGACAGCGACGAGGCCGACGCCGUUCUCGAUAAGUCCUUAGGCACGAAGAGCGCAAGUACGGCCGGCGAGGACCUCUACGCAUUCGGCAGCAAUCGGAACCUAUCUUUGGGCUUUGGUGACGAGGAUGAUCGCCAAUUCCCCGAGCGCGUGCACCUCAACCGCCCGGACGACUUGUUACGGCGAUUCCACAGAGAUUAUCUCCAGGCGGUGGGCGCAGAUGGGCCGCCGUCACAGGAUGUGGCUAAGAUCCCCGCCUUGGUUCUGUACCGGCCUCUCAUGAUCCAGGACGUGGUCUUGUCGAAGCUGCACAGCGCUGUGCUAACUGCGGAUCCUGUCUCGAACCUCUACGUCUGCGGCAUCGGCCGUGGUGGCCGGCUUGGACUGGGCGACGAGAACACGCGCUUCACGUACACGCCGGUCCAAGGGCCGUUUGCCGACCGGAGGGUUGUCCAGGUUGCCCUAGGCCAGAACCACUCCAUGGCCAUUGACGACACCGGCGCCUUGUGGACCUGGGGAAACAAUGCCCAAUGCCAACUGGGCUACACGCUCCCCGAACCCGUCAAGAAGGACGAAGACCCCAUUAGCACCGUGCCACGUCAGGUUUUUGGACCCCUCAAGAAGGAGGUUAUCAUCGGCAUUGCAGCCUCCUCGAUUCACUCCGUUGCGCACACCGGCGCGUCGUUGUAUUGCUGGGGCAAAAACGUCGGCCAGCUCGCGCUUAUGGACGCCGAUUCGAGGUCGCUCGAAUUCCAACCAACGCCGAGAAAAGUCGCAGCUUCCUUGUUUUCGUCGCCGAUCGUCAUGGUGACCGCGAUCGACAAGGCCACCACGAUCUUGCUCCAAAACCACACGGUCUGCGUGUUCACUGCUUAUGGCUAUCACAUUGUGAAAUUCCCAUUUGCCAACAUCGAGUUGGUUGGUAACAUCGGGGUGUUGAACCGCUACGAGCCCGGCUGGAACCAGAUCCAUUACGUGACGUCUGGGGGAGAGACGAUUGCUGCUCUGUCCCGACGCGGAGACCUGUUCACAAUGAACCUCAACCACAAGAUCGAGACGAACCCCUCGACCACGUCAACGACAAACCCUUCCAAGAUUAAGGGUGCCGUUACACAACCGCAGUGCAUAUGGUCUGCCAAGAAAGAUGGUGUGCGCUCCGUCGGGGUCGGUGAACACGGUUCCGUCAUAAUCAGUACCCAAUCCGGAGCUGUGUGGCGGAGGAUCAAGCGAGCGAAAGCCAAAGAUGCGUCGUCCGGCCCCUCCGAGUCCAAGCGGAAGGACUACAAGUUCCAGCGCGUGCCGUACAUCACCAAGGUGGUUACCGUCCGGGCCUCUGCUUUUGGCGCCUUUGCCGCUAUCCGGAAGGACUCGGACGUGAUGAAGGAGCAGUUGGCGAUUGACGACCAGUCGUUGUGGGAGGACAUGGCGCCGCUGAAUCCCCUCGCUGGCUUUCAGGCCUCGGAGCCCAAAAGCCCGAAGGAUGAGGUUCGGACGUUUUGGGCCAACGGCGAGCUUGGAACCCGUGUCGGCUCUGUAGCCUAUGAAGUGCUCAAAUCGUCCGACAUCGAACAUGACCUGGCACAGCACCUCGCGUCUUGGUCGUACCGGAACGACCCACUCGAUGCAGCCGUCAGCACGUCCAGCUCGCCCAACAUUCGGAUACCCAUCCAUGGUUGGCUGCUCGCCGCGCGAAGCCCGGUCUUGCGGAGCGCACUUGCGCAAUUCCGCAAGGCGGGGUCGUUCAGCAACGAGGUCUUGAGCGUCACCGAUGACAAUGGCGUGUCACUCGUGUGCUUCCAGGGACUCGACCUUGUCUCGCUGUUGAAUUUCGUUCUGUUCGCCUAUCAGGACAAGGUGAUCCCGGUAUGGAACUUUACUGGCCAUGUCCGGCCGUUGGCAUACAGAUACCGACAGAUACGCCAAGAGGUCAUGAAGCUUGCCACGCGUCUCAAUAUGAGCAGUCUGGAAGCGGCAGCGAGGUUGCAGGUGGAUCCAAAGAGAUGCAUGGACCGGGACUUCCAGGCUGCUAUCCAGGACCCUCGCUUCUUCGCUGACGGCGAUGCCUUACUGGAAUUGGAUGGAGCCGAAGUUCCUGUCCACAGCUCGUUUGUCUGCCAGCGCUGUCCUUGGUUUCAGGGCCUCUUCCACGGGCGCUCUGGGGGCAUGUGGCUGGACAGCCGUCGCGCAGUUUCUGCCGGCCCGAUCAGAAUCAAUCUGGAUCAUGCAGACCCCAAGGCGUUUAAGUAUGUCCUGCAGUAUCUGUACGGCGACUGCGGCGCAGAGCUUUUUGAUCCCGCGGUUUGCGACUCGUUCGACGACUUCCUGGAUCUCGUCAUGGAAGUCCUCUCGAUUGCCGACUAUCUGAUGCUGGACCGGCUCUCUCAGAUUUGCCAACAGGUCAUGGGCAGAUUCGCAAAUAUCCGCAACAUUUCUCACCUCUUGAACGCCAUCAGCCCGUGUUCGGUCACGGAAUUCAAGGAUGCCGGACUGGAGUACAUCUGCUUGCAAUUGGAGACGAUGCUCGAGAAUCAUCUGCUGGAUGAACUCGACGAGGAUUUGCUCCGUGAGCUGGACAAGGUUGUGCGGGCCAACCAAGCUGCGCUGUCUCCGUUCGCAAGAAGCGGUCGCGCAGAGCUGCAGCUCCACGAGAACAACCCUUGGUUGGCCGAGGAGAUCGACGAGGAGCGGCAGAUCAGGAUCAAGGAGAUGGCCUUCAAAGCGCAGAAGGAGGAGGAGAAGAAGCUGUUAUCAUCGGCAAAGACCAGAUAUGGCAGUUUUGAUGACGCCGAAGUUCUCACGCCUACCCCUGAUAGAGUGAGGAAGGUGUCGUCGAAAAGCGAUCGUCUCGAGCCAUCCAGCCCCGGUUUACGGCCUAAAGCGUCACAAAGCGACCUCAUUUUCGACAUGGACGAAGAGGAUGCCCCGCCUGUUGCCAGUCCUUCGGUGAGGCCCCGCAGAUCAGUGGAAGCGGCGUCAGAGCUCGAUCAAAUCCCGUCGUUGGGCAGCUCCUGGAAAGGCACGGGCAAGAAGAUCCGGAUCAACCUCCAGUCUUCGCCGCCGGCCAGCCCUGUGGGCACACCAGCGAGGUCAGUAGACGAAAAGAGGACCAACGCGGCCACGUCAACACCGGUCAAACCUGGACAAGCUUGGGGCGCGAGUGUUACGCCUGUUUCAAAGUUGGAUUUGCGCGACAUCAUCCAGUCCGAGACAGCAAACCGUUCGGCUCUCUCAGCAGGCCUGGCGGCCCAGAGAGCCAAAGAGACGACGCCGAAGUCGGCGGUCCCGAAGAUGUCGCAAAAGGAGAAGAAGCGGCAGCAGCAGGCGGCCCUAGCAGCCCAAGCAGCCCAGGCAGCUCUGGCCGCGGCCAAGUCGAACACCCCGAAAAACGCUUGGGAGCGCCCCCCAAGCGAGCUCCAAGCUUCUCCCUGGAAGACUGUCCCUGACAAGGGCAAGGCGGUGUUGAAGGGCGCGCCACCAGCAGUCGAUGCCGUCGCGGGUAAAGGGCUACUCACCCCCGACACCACCGCGUCAAUCCCAAUCCACAGACGCACCGCCUCCCCGGACACGCGCUUCUCGGGACAGCGCACGCCAAACACCCCAAUCGUUAGCUCGGCCGCCAAACCCGUCGCGCAGAACAACCACACCACCUCUCGCGCAUCAGGCCCAUCAACCUCCACCACCGCCCCAUCAGAUCAACUCCACCAGCCGACGAAGCCCAGCGCCAGCGCCAACACGAGCAAACCGCUGGUCCCGCACUCGCGCGUCUACCUGCCCCCGCCGCCCAAGGCGGCGCCGCUGCUCGGGCUGAGCAUGCAGGACAUCAUGGGCCAGCAGACGCGCGACAAGCAGCAGGUCAAGGAGGCGGUCGCGAAGCGCUCGCUGCAGGAGAUCCAGCAGGAGCAGGCCUUCCAGGAGUGGUGGGACGCCGAGAGCCGGAGGAUGCAGGAGGAGGAGGAACGGAGACGGGCGAGGGAGGGGGGAAGUCGGGGUGCGAGGGUUGGUGGUGGUAGGAGUAAUAAUGAUGGUGGUGGUGGUGGCGAUAGUAAUAACAACAGCAAAAGAGGGAGGAAAGCGGGAAGAGGGGGAAGGGGGGGAGGUGUUAGGGGUGGUGCGGCGGCUGGAGGUGGUGCUGGUGCUGGUGCUGGUGCUGGCGCGGAGAAUCGCGGUGGAAGCGGUGCGGCGGCACAGGGGAGUGAGAGUGGGAGUGGCAACGCAGGGACGGAGAGUGCAAGAGGUGGGAAUAAAGCCAAGGGCCAGAUGAGAGGGAGGGGUGGUGCCGGCGGUGGCGGAAGAGGUGGCGGACAGGCAGCGGCAGGCAGGCAGGCGGAGGAGGUCGUGGGUGUUGCCGGCGGGAAAUAGAAUCACAAGAGUGUAUAGGUGAACGUAAAUAAACCUGUAACUAAGGGCAAGCGAAGGAUGCAUUACUGUAUGUACAUGGAUGGGGCAUAUCAGGCUGCGAUUGCUGUGGGCCUUGGGCGUUUGGGGACGGCGCUGCCCUUGGGCUUUGGGAACGGCGCUGCAUUAAUCUGAGUUGGCUGUUUUGCGUUUGUUGCAGUCCGUAUCUGGAACGUGUCGGGUGCUGGGUUGUGUAAGAGCAAGCAAGGACCGGACAGCUCGGGUCCUUAUUCGCAGCGGUGUGCGUGUGCGUGCAGGUCA